AUGCGCCUGCAGGGCUGCUGCGGCUGCUUCAACCUGCGGAACGGCACCGUCGCCAUCGGUGCCACACUUCUAACGCUCUACUGCAUGUCCUUCGUCUUCUUCGUCACCAGUGUCGCCUACCCUGCAACGAUGAUACAUGAGUGGCACGAGACGGACGACGAACGAGCGCUGAUGAUCGUCAGCGUGGUGAACUUGAGCGUGUUCGCCUCCCACUUGCUCUUCAACAGCCUCCUGGUGUAUGGCGCUUUCAAGGGACGACGCGGCAUGGUGUUGGCGUGGUUGGUCUACCACGGGAUCUUCACAAGUCUGCACGGCGUAGCCGUCGCCGCAGGCCUCGUGUACAUCUGCGUGAUGGGCCUCUGGCUGUACCUCAUCGUCGUCAGCGGCUGCGCAGCGUUGCUGGCGACGUUCUGGUACUGGUUCGCCGUCGUCCUCAGCUUCUUCUGGACAAUGCCCAGGCGCGACUGGUACUCGUAG